GGGGCAGCGCCGGGUGCGGGGCCGGGAUCGCCCCGGGCUGGAGCGGGGCCUGGCGCGGGGGCCGGAGAGGGCAAGAACUGCAUCACAGCUUUUCCUGCUGAACCUGACCAGUGUCAAUGAUGGCAAGACUCGUAAGUGCUGCACCAUAUACCCUUUGGAUCUUUUUCUUUUCAUAUGCAACAAAUGAAGAUGUUGUACUGUCUCAGAGUAUGCAGAAGUUGUAUCAGAAAAAAAUAACACAAGUGGACUACAGAAAAGUAGAAAUUGUCACUCUGAUCUCUCCAUCAGUUCUUUCCCAUUUUCAUGUUCUCCUUAACUGUAUUUUUGAACAUACAGUUAAGCCGAGGGCCCCCAAGAAUCUUACCAUUGAGAAGGCUAAAAAUGGUAAUUUCAAUCUGAGCUGGGAGGAGAGCUACUCUCCUCCAUCCACACUCUCUGGACAACCAGUCAUCUAUGAACUGAAAUACUGGAGGAAGCAGCACCCGAUGGAGGUUUCUGUAAAAGCAAUUAACUACCAGGCAAAAAGCUUUGAGAUUACUGCAAGCUCCUUGAGGAGGGGCUAUGAUUACGUUGCAAGUCUCAGGUGUAACUACACAGACUACCCGGCCUACUGGAGUGAAUGGAGUGAAGAAGUUGAAUUUCACUAUGAUUACCAAGUGACAGCUGAAGACAUUCUGCAGAUGGCUGUGCCCAUAUCCUGCAUACUGAUCAUGGCAGGAUCUGUCAUUUGCUACUUCUGUUUUACAAAAGUGAAGAAAGAAUGGUGGGAUGAAAUCCCAAAUCCAGCAAAGAGCCAUUUGGUUGUAAAAAAUGUCAAGUUUUCAGUUUUCUGCUACUUCGAUGAAAUUAAGUUCCCUUUCCAUGACUUAAAGCAGAGUCAUAUGGAAAAGCAAAUAAGUUGCAAGAACUGUCUGGCUCAAAGUUUGUCAAGCCAAAACUUCAAGGGAAAAGAUAACAUCAGAAAUGUUGAGAAAUCUUGCAGCUGCCACAGCAAGUGUGGAGAGUGGUUGCCAAAAGGCAGCAGUGCAGUUUUAACCCCUGAUACAACUCCAUUUGAAGACAUUAUUGAAAUCUGUGAAUGUUUAACAGACAGUGAGACUGGGAGCCAGGAAGAGACUGGCAACCAGAUCACCAUGUUUGAGCCUUGUGAGAGCAGCAUCGGUGCUUUCAGAGAGCACAAUGAGGCACUAGCUAACAUGUUUGAUGCACUCCUGGCAGAUGAAAAUAACGUGCAAGACAAUAAAGACUCAGACAUCCUCACAGGUGAGAGGAAAACCUUCAAGAAACUUGAGUUGGAAAAUCCACCACAGCGAAAUCCAAAAGAAAGCACAGCCCAGAGUCAGCGGCCAUGGGAUGUUUCUCAUACAGCCUCUCUUUUCACCAAAGCCUCUCAAGAUGACUACAAUUGUAGUACAUCCAGCAAGGAGUCAGAACUGUCGGAAGAAUCCUUUGAAUCUGGCUAUCAGAGCUCCAGCAUAAAUUCUGCUUCUCUGGAUGCAAGAGAUCUUCAACAAAUGGUUCAUCAAAACCUUUUUCUACACGGUUCAGAAAGUGAGAGGGACUCUUGUGUCCUGAUCCAGGAAUCUACAAAUAAACCAUUCUUUGGGACUAAAACAGACAGAAUAAACAACCCUGCAAACAAGAGUUUUGAUACCCUUGUGUCUGCACCCGUGAGGUUGUGUGAUUCUGCAUAUAAGAGCUUUGACUCCCUUAUGUCUCCAUCUGUGGAGCCCUGUAGUUCUGCCUACAAGAGCUGUGACACCCUUUCGUCACCAUCCCUGGAGCCCUGUGGCUCUGCCUACAGGAGCUUCAAUGCCCUCGUGUCCCAGUCCAUGGCCAACAGUAGCCUGACUCUGUGCUUUGAAAGUGCAUGUUCCUCACAGCCUCCAAGACAAUUGUCAGAGACACCAGAAUGCAGCUGUAGAGAUCAAAUUGCUCAGCCCGCUGGCAGUGGGACAUGUCAUGUCAGCCGCAGGUCUCCCUACACUGAGCUUGACUUUCCAAACACCUGUUCAGAGCGUACUGAUUUUCCAUCUUUCUCCACACAUGCAAAUGAAGGUGCUUCAGCUUUCCUAUCAGAGGAAGAAAUACAUAAGCAAGUAAUAUAUCAAAAUUUUCCAAAGAGAACCAAUAUAACUUCUUGCCCUAUUGCACCUCAGCCAUCAGGUUAUCAGCCUUUUGAUAGUGCAGGUAGAUGUAAUGGUCCAUACUGUGACAAUGAGAUUAUCUCGUUACAGGAAUCCUUCAUUGGUCUGUGCAACAAUCUCAAAGAAGCACCUCCAGAUAUUGCAAUCUGUGAACUUGACCUGAGGACAAAGGACUGUGUGUGUUUGACUGUUCAGAGUCCUGGUUGCAGCGUUGUCCCAGGUUUAGCCUCUAGUGAGAAUGACACACAGACCAGUAAUGGCAGCCCUUGGAUCGAUAGCUCUAAUGAGCUGUCUGGUGAUAGCAAUGACGAAAAUAUCAGCAGAGAGGAACAGCUGUUGCAUUUGUUAGAGCUGAACUGUCAAGAUUUAAACAGCAGAGAAAGAACUACACAGGGAACAAAACAGAACAGCUUUAACUCUACUGGCAAAGUAAUGCAAGAGAGCGGCAAUGACAAACUGAAUACUGACUGCCACUGCCACCCACACAGCCACUUGAGGGAACUUGGAGAUGCAGGGGGAAGUGGAGAGAUGCUGAAGCAUGUAGAAGGGAAGGGGAGUGGCUCAGCAGCCAGCUUACCAGCAUCACUGGACAGCAUUACGCUAAACUUAGGCAGAAAAACUGCAGGGCCCCUGGAGCACCACAUCUCAGAAAAGCUGUCACUUCGUUGUCUUGUGAAUAACUCCAGUCCUUCUGAUUCUCACGCCAUUCACAGUGAGGACUCCAGACUGGCAGUUGCAGUUAAAAAAAGAUCAAUAGAACCGUUCAAGGAAAACAGCAGGAAGAAUGAGAAAAAAAUGAAAUUUGCGCAAGCCCUUGCCCAAGAGGACAACUGCUAUAUGGAGGUAGCUUAGCCACAUUUGCCAAGACUGAGCGAGCCUUUCGAAAUAAACUGUAUGGCAAAUUGAAA